UUGUUUUUUUUUUCCAAAGGACGGGUAUUUUCGCGCGAGAGUCUGUACCGAUAGCCUAUUAAAAAUAAAAUUAAAUGAUUUGUUUUUCUUUUUAAAUUACACAGUCGCAAUUGGACAUUUAAUAUUCUCUACAAUCUCGAGGCCAGACUGCAUUAGCAAAACAUUAGAAAAACAACUACAAAUGUCACAUUUGAAAUGUGGUUUCUGUGUAACUCACAGAUCAUGGUCAUGAGCUCUGCUGCAUCUCAUCUUCCUCAUAUUCAUUUUCAACAUGCGUCACUCUUCUGUAGGCUACCUCAUCUUUUCCAUUUCUUUAUUUUCGUUUUCAGACGUAGCUAAUAUCUCCAGUGAUGUUACAGUUAUUGAAAUUGCUUCAUGACAGCAGUUCAUUAUAGCUAACACCAAUAUAUCACAUAGCUCUGUUGUGCAAAUACCUUUAAAAAAUUAAACAAAACAAAAACAAAGAAUUCUGAAAUAGCAAGGUUCCUAAAACUAUGGCAUCACAUCCUGUCUUUGAGCUAGACAUUAGUCACUGGCACGAAAUGUGUUUGGAAUAGAUGCAUCUUAAUGGCUAAAUGUGAAUUACAUUGUCCAAAUGCUGUACAUGUAACUGUGCAUGGGACAUGUAAAUCUUAUUUCUUAUUUAAAUGUUUAUAUUUAAAGGCAGCAGGUUGCGGUCGACUGGAGGAGGCUCAAGGUCAGGAUUCGAAGGCGAAGGCAGCUCUGUUUUGUCAUUGACUGAGAGGAAGGCAGAGAGAAUCCUGUGUUCAACCCCCCAAACACGGAGAGGAGGAACUCGCAGCAUCGACCAGGGACAGAGUGAGAGAAGGAGCGAGAGAGAGAGAGAGAGAGAGAGGAGGAACAAACAGCGGGAAGACCCGCCAUUUCUCCUGGACCCUCCUCCUAAAGCAGCUGUGAAGGAGAGCUUGGCUGACCCUGAGUAUGAGGAAAAAAGAAAAACAGAUCGUGCGAACAGGUUUGAGUUCCUGCUGAAGCAGACUGAGCUGUUCGCUCAUUUCAUUCAGCCUGCCAGUCAGAAAUCCCCCACCUCACCUCUGAAGGUCAAGGUGGGCAGACCCCGAAUCAAACAGGAUGAGAAACAGAACCUGCUGUCUGUCGGAGAUAACCGCCAUCGUCGAACAGAGCAGGAGGAGGAUGAGGAACUCUUAUCUGAGAGCAGGAAGGCAGCUAAUGUUCUUGUUCGUUUUGAGGAGUCACCAUCAUAUGUUAAGAACGGAGCUUUGAGAGAUUAUCAAAUCCGAGGUCUGAACUGGAUGAUUUCUUUGUAUGAAAAUGGCAUCAAUGGCAUCCUGGCUGAUGAGAUGGGUCUGGGUAAGACCCUGCAGACAAUCGCGUUGCUAGGCUACCUGAAGCACUACAGGAACAUUCCCGGCCCCCACAUGGUCCUAGUGCCCAAAUCCACCCUGCAUAACUGGAUGAAUGAAUUCAAGCGCUGGGUGCCCACCCUGAAGGCCGUCUGUCUCAUUGGGGAUAAAGAUGAAAGAGCAGCAUUCAUACGUGACGUGAUGAUGCCCGGUGAAUGGGACGUGUGCGUGACAUCAUACGAGAUGGUGAUUCGGGAGAAAUCUGUCUUUAAGAAGUUUAACUGGCGCUAUCUGGUUAUCGACGAGGCCCAUCGUAUCAAAAACGAGAAAUCAAAGUUGUCAGAGAUUGUGCGUGAAUUUAAGACGACCAAUCGUCUGUUGUUGACUGGUACCCCACUGCAGAAUAAUCUACAUGAGCUCUGGUCGCUUUUGAACUUUCUGCUGCCUGAUGUGUUCAACUCUGCCAGUGAUUUUGAUUCCUGGUUUGACACAAAUAACUGUCUGGGUGACCAGAAGCUGGUUGAAAGACUUCAUGCAGUUCUGCGUCCAUUCCUGCUGCGUCGUAUCAAAGCAGAGGUGGAGAAGAGUCUUCCUCCUAAGAAAGAGGUGAAGAUUUACCUGGGGCUCAGUAAAAUGCAGAGAGAAUGGUACACACGUAUCCUAAUGAAGGAUAUUGACAUCCUGAACUCUGCUGGUAAGAUGGAUAAGAUGCGGCUUUUGAAUAUUCUGAUGCAGCUGCGGAAAUGCUGCAACCAUCCGUACCUGUUUGAUGGGGCGGAGCCUGGUCCCCCAUACACCACGGACACACACUUAGCCACCAACAGCGGCAAGAUGGUUGUGCUGGAUAAACUUCUGCCUAAAGUACAAGAGCAAGGAUCCAGAGUGUUAAUAUUCAGCCAGAUGACACGGGUGUUGGAUAUUCUGGAAGAUUAUUGCAUGUGGAGAGGGUUCGAGUACUGCAGAUUGGAUGGCAAUACACCUCACGAGGCCAGAGAGCAAGCCAUAGAUGCUUUUAAUGCCCCGAACAGCAGUAAAUUUAUCUUCAUGCUGAGCACACGGGCAGGUGGGCUGGGAAUUAAUUUGGCUACAGCUGACGUGGUGAUUCUCUACGACUCAGACUGGAACCCACAGGUGGACCUGCAGGCCAUGGACCGUGCUCACCGUAUCGGACAGAAGAAACCAGUAAAAGUGUUCAGGUUGAUCACAGACAACACAGUGGAGGAAAGGAUUGUGGAGAGAGCGGAGAUGAAGCUACGCCUGGACUCUAUAGUGAUUCAGCAGGGACGGCUGAUUGAUCAGCAGAAUAAACUGGGGAAGGAUGAAAUGCUACAAAUGAUUCGACAUGGAGCAACACACGUGUUUGCCUCUAAAGAUAGUGAACUAACAGAUGAAGACAUAGACACCAUUCUGGAAAGAGGCGCCAAGAAGACGGCAGAGAUGAACGAACGCUUGAAGAAACUUGGCGAGAGCUCGCUGAGGAACUUCACCAUGGACACGAGCGGCACCGAGACCAGCCUUUACAACUUUGAGGGAGAGGAUUACAGAGAGAAACAAAAACUAAGUUUGAUCGAAUGGAUCGAGCCUCCUAAGAGAGAAAGGAAGGCCAAUUACGCUGUAGAUGCUUACUUCAGAGAAGCUCUGCGAGUCAGCGAACCAAGAGCCCCGAAGGCUCCUCGGCCUCCAAAGCAGCCCAACAUCCAGGACUUUCAGUUCUUUCCACCACGUCUCUUUGAGCUGCUGGAGAUGGAGAUUCUUUACUACAGGAAAACCAUCGGAUACAAGGUUCCACGAAAUCCAGAUAUCCCGAAUUCAGCACAGGUCCAAAAAGAGGAACAAGCAAAGAUAGACGAGGCCGAACCCCUCACACCUGAAGAGACAGAAGAAAAAGAGAAACUACUCACACAAGGCUUCACAAACUGGAACAAGCGUGAUUUCAAUCAAUUUAUUAAAGCUAAUGAGAAGUGUGGUCGUGAUGACAUUGACAACAUUGCCAGAGAGGUAGAGGGCAAGACGCCUGAGGAAGUCAUGGAAUACUCCGCGGUGUUUUGGGAGCGCUGUAACGAGCUGCAGGAUAUUGAGAAGAUCAUGGCUCAGAUAGAGCGAGGAGAAGCUCGCAUCCAGAGACGCAUCAGCAUCAAAAAAGCCUUGGACGCCAAGAUAGCGCGGUACAAGGCUCCGUUCCACCAGCUCCGCAUCCAGUACGGCACAAACAAAGGAAAGAACUACACAGAGGAGGAAGACAGGUUUCUGAUUUGCAUGUUGCAUAAGAUGGGCUUUGAUAAAGAAUAUGUCUAUGAAGAACUUCGACAGUGUGUACGGAAUGCUCCACAAUUCAGAUUUGACUGGUUCAUCAAAUCCAGGACUGCCAUGGAGCUGCAGCGCCGCUGUAACACGCUCAUUUCUCUCAUUGAGAAAGAGAACAUGGAGAUAGAGGAGAAAGAGCGCGCUGAGAAAAAGAGAAGAACACCCAAAGGACAAUCAGCUCACAAGCGUAAAGCCGAAGUGUCGUCUGACAGGAAAGAGAAGAAAUCUCGUACCUGACUCCUGUGCCCGCAGCUCUUUGCUCCCCAUUUCGAAGCACUACAAUAAUCAGACGCCUCUCUACAGCAUUUUGACGUUCUGUUUUUAUUUGUUAUAUCUGUGACUCAACACCAGUUUCUUACAUGUAAAUUUUUAGCAAAACAAAAGCUUUUUCGGGACAUCCAAAAUACUUCCAUAUCAUAUUGAAUUUUGUCCCACGGGCUGCAUACUUGUUGGCAGCUACGCAACGUUUUGCUAAAGCUUGUUUUUAUUAAGCAUUUUUUCAAAAUGUUCCUUGUUCAUGUCAUUUAUUUAGCAUGCUAAAUAGGGGCUCUGAAGCCUGUUCCGAUCUUGUUUGUGUGUUUUAUAAAUGAAAAUCUUUUUGCCUGAGACUCUGUUAUUGUAUGUUUAAGGUCUCUGUGAUCUGCACCUUAAUCCAUGUGAUCAGUAGCUUUGCUCAUCCAGUCUUCUUAAGCUCUUUUAUACAUUCAUGUGCCAUUUUAAUGUUGCAUUUAAGCUAUUUUACACAUUAUUGUUUGCACUCGUUUGAACCUUUCCUGAUCUUUAUAUGUACAAGUCCAGUAUUAUUAAAAAACUAAAUCGGUUGUUUUUGUUUAUAUCUUAUGUUUAUAUGCUUAUAUGUGGAAGAGAAACUGUGCCACUUUGACUUCACAAACUUUGCAUAAUGGAGAUAAAAAUGUUGAGAACAAGCAAUGAAACCUUGACACUGAAAAUGAUUUAGAGUAACCAAAACCAGACUCAGUGACCUGCAAACCAUAAGACUUUUUAAAGUGUAUAUUUUUCAAAUACUAUAUAACGAAAAAGAAAAAAAGAUGAAUCAAAUAUUGGCCAAAAGUAUGGUAGAUUAUAAAACUUGAAACCGUUAUAACCUGCCUGCACUCGAGGACCUUUCCCGAUCCCGCCCCCUAUUUGUUCUGAUCUGUCCUUUCAUAAAUAUUAAUAUUAAUAAUAAAGAAAGAAAAGUGCGAGGUGACAGUGGCUGUAGUACCGCAGGUCUCGCCACAUGGGUGCGCUGUUGUACUUUCUGCCGCUCCACAGCGUAUUCUCUCUCUGCUCGUUUGUUUAGCGUGUACCACGCGCCCUCACAGUUUCUGUCACACACUCAGACAACGUGAGUGUAGAAACCGGUUGACUUAAAGGCACGAAGAAACACCUGAACGAGCAGAGACGAGCUGCUGGCCGGUGUCUGACUCGGGUCUCGCUCUGAGCACAUCAUCGGUUCCUGUGACAUCCGUUACCAUACCGCACUGAUGACAUCUUAUUUAAAGCUCGCAGCAGACAAGACAAGAAACCUGUGCUAUCAGGCUUGUCUGUUCCUGCAUGGAUGAUCAAUAAAUCAGCGGCCCCACAGAUAGAAUGCAAGAAAGAAACUGAGAAGACCAGCAUCUCAAGACAAGAAGAGGCAAACCAGUGAAAUUCUGGUAACUCAGAAGAUCCUCUUAAUGGAACAUUCAUUGAUUCGCACUCUCAGCCCACCGUAUUCUUUUCACCAGCUGCCCCCAGUCAUCGUCAUGGGAACGGCAUGCCGGUGAUGCCGACCACCCGCUGUGUAUCCUGACCUUUCCUCUGGAACCAGGAUUUAUGGAACGGAUGUGAAAUAUAUCUGUAUAUAUAAGGCAGCGAAUUU